GAACAGCAUAGGAACCGAACUUCUAAUUGCAGAAUAGUGCUGCACCGACCAUUGCGCUUAAUGAAUGUUUGGGUUCAAUUGCUUGUGUUUUGGAUUAUCUCCUGUUCAGCGUUUGACUCGACCAUGGAGCGGACUGACCUCACUACGGAAGAAAGUGAACCAUCGAAUAGGAUACUGUCCCGAAGAAAGCGGUAUGUCGUUUUCCCUGAAGGUUCCAGCUUCUCGGUUGCAGUUUGUAUGACGAUCGGAAUGAUCGGUAAUCCCAACUAUCAGAUGUUCAGUUGGGCAUUGAACUGGGGCAUGGCGUACAAUUUGCCGAAUCAAACCGUCACCUUCGACCAGGAGAUAAAGGAACCGAAACCGAUUGCACAGAGGCGGUACCGGCGUGAUCUCUACCAUCGGCUGGAAGUGGCAAUGAAUGAUAUGGGCUACGACGGACGAGGCUGUGUUCUGCGAGCGCUGUGCGAAAGUUCGCAGUAUUUUGGCCGAAAAGGAAACAACAUGAUUGCGGAAAUGCUACGCACCUUGUUUAGCUUUCCAAAAUCCAAAGUGCUUUCGUUCGAGCAUCAUGAUACGAGAAUCUAUGACGAAGCACAUCGAAAGGGCAAGAAUAAGGUUAUGUGCCAGUCGCUUUUUCCCGAGUGUGGAUUUUCGCUGCUAGAACUGGCGCUGGGCAAGUAUGCUGAUCCUUACAGUUUUAUGUGAUGGAAAUCGUUGGAUGGAAUAAUGACUGUUACUCGCAUUUAGACUGAUUAUGUUCUUUGAAUAAAGAAUUUUGUACGGUUCUGUGGAAUUUUUGUAAAUAAUAUAUGAGCAUAAAAUAGCCUACAAUGUUUUAGAAUGAU